AUGGCACACUCAUCAUUUGGUGAGGAAGGUCCCCACGGAACAAAGACGGACGUGAGGCAGCUGAGUGAUGGCACACUCAUCAUUCGUGGUGAGAAAGUUCCAUCACGGAACCUUGGGAGGGUUAGAUUUGUCGUACAUCCGUUUGUUGUCCAUCUUGUCGAUUCACAUGAGAUCCUAUCACCUCGCCUGGCUAUCCUUCGACUAAGUCCUCUGCAUCAGAAAACCAUUACUAUCAUCAACUGCUACUCUCCAACAUCAGCAGCUGGUGACUCGGAACUUGAUGCUUUUUAUGAGGAUUUGCAGGAAGUCAUCCGCAAAGAGAAGUUCUUCUACAAAUUCGUCGUGGCUGAUUUCAAUUCGAAGAUUGGGAUAUCAAAAGAGGGGGAGCAUAGAAUCGGCAGAUUUGGAUCAGGACUCCGGAAUGAGAAUGAAAGAACUCCGGCGGUGGAGUUUCCCAACGGUACGACUCAUGGGGAGAUCGACCACAUUCUCACCAACCGAUGGUGGUGCUUACUAGACGUCUCAGUGUUACCAUCCUUCAGCAGCGGGCAAAAGCGCGAUUUAGCCGAAAGCUGGAAAAAAGGAAGGACUGCGACCUGCUUCUUAGAGGACGGAAGGCCUGUGGCGAAAUGCCUCAAAACCUUAAACGAGGAGCCUGGAACGAAUUUUGAAAGCCACCAAGGAUCUGCUAGGGAGGAGAAGAGCUCUGAGGCCGAUCCGCCUGCAUCACAUCUCGAGCGACUGGUAGCCAAUACCAGUUGCAGAACAGCUUUGUAA